CCCCGCCCCCAACAAUCAGACCUGCAACAGUGCCGCGUUACGACCCCGAAACCCCGUACAUUGCCACUAGGAGAUCGGUCCACCCCGCCAUAACAUGGCCUAGAUGGCCUAAUUGACAAGACGUAGCAGACUGAGUUGCAGGCGCAUGAUGGCGACGAUGUCGCGGAGAGGCGGUGCAAAAAUACGACCACCACGAAGAGGUCUGCAAGGCGCCGAUGUAGACUUCGACACGACAUGGCCCAUCCUUGAAGGCGCGUUCAAGGAGAUUCACACGAAGAACGCUUCCGCACUGUCGUUUGAAGAGCUCUACCGUAACGCCUACAAGAUCGUGCUGAAAAAGAAGGGUGAGGAGCUUUACAACAAAGUCGCACGGUUUGAGGAACAGUGGCUAGGAUCGACCGUGCGAACGGAGAUUGUGCGGACACUCACUCCACCACUCACACUCACGGAUGGUGCUGGCAGGACGCUGGCUACGUCGAGUGAACGGAGGACCGCAGGCGAGAAGUUUCUCAAGAGCUUGAAGCAUGCAUGGGAAGACUACCAAGUCUGCAUGGGCAUGCUGACCGAUGUACUGAUGUACAUGGAUCGCGUCUACUGCACAGACCACCGUCAACCGUCUAUAUUCGCUAAGUCCAUGGGUCUUUUCCGGGACCAAAUACUGCGGACGCCGGUGCAGCCAGCCUCGACCACAUUGCUGGAUGUCCUCACGCGCAUCGUCCUCGACCAGAUACAGAUGGAUCGGGACGGCGAGGCGAUCGAUCAAUUUCUGAUCAAGUCGAAUGUGUACAUGCUCGAAGGCCUGUACGAGUCAGAUCUGGAAGUGGAGGACGAGAAGCUCUAUCUGCGCUUCGAGAAAGUGUUCCUCGAUCAAAGUGCCAACUUCUACCGCGAUGAGGGUGAGAGGAUGCUGAAGGAGUCCGACGCUGGCUCAUACUGCCGACAUGCGAAGAAACGGAUCGACGAGGAGAACGACCGAUGCCGCUCUACGCUAUCUGAAAGUACUUCAGCAAAAAUCCAGGCUGUGGUGGAAGGUGAACUAAUACGGCACAAGAUGAAGGGUCUAAUCGAGAUGGAGAACAGUGGUGUGGCGUUCAUGGUGGACAACGACAAGUUCCACGAGCUCAGCCUUGUCUUCGACCUCGAAGCGCGCGUUGACCCUCGAAAGUCAGAGCUUACGCGAGCGAUGCAGAGGCUCGUCACCGAGAUGGGCACAGACAUCAACAAUGCAGCUCUGACAACUUCCGAGGCUACGCCACAAAGAGAGGCUGCCGGCGACGACGAGGACGGUAAACCUGCAGAAGAAGGUGCAAAGCAGAAACUGCCCGCCAAGCCACUCAGCCAGCAGACAGUCGCGGCGCUGAAGUGGGUCGAAGAGAUACUGCGACUCAAGGACCGCUUCGACAAGAUCUGCACCACAUCCUUCAGCUCCGAUCAGACCGUCUCGAGCGCAAUCAAUCGUAGCAUGGCUGACGUGGUCAACACAUUCUCUCGCGGCAGUGAGUACAUCUCGCUAUUCAUCGACGACAACAUGAAGCGCGGCAUCAGAGACAAAACUGAGGCCGAGAUUGACAGCACACUCGAGAAGGCCAUCAUGGUGCUGCGGUAUCUGUCCGACAAGGAUCUGUUCGAGACGUACUACAAGAAGCAUCUCUGCAAGCGUCUGCUGCUGAAGAAGAGUGUCAGCAUCGAUGUGGAAAAGCAGAUGAUCUCACGGAUGAAGAUUGAGCUGGGCAACAGCUUCACACUGAAGCUUGAAGCUAUGUUCAAAGACAUGACCCUUUCCGAGGAGUUGUCGAACGGCUUCCGCGCGCAUAUCGCUGGUGUGAUGGACGGCGCGCACAACAACUCGAAGCCUGUUGACCUAAGCAUUCGGGUGCUAACCUCCAUGACCUGGCCCCUUGAAGCUUUCCGCGGCGCCAGUGGCGAAGACCGCGACGAGAACAGUUUGGGUGGCCGCGACAUUACCCUCUACCCUCCCGAGAUCGAGCGUCUGAAGAGCGGCUUUGAGCGUUUUUAUGCGCAGAAAUACUCCGGUCGUAAGCUGACGUGGUACAACAACAUGGGCGAUGCGGAUUUGAGGGCGCGGUUCCCCAGAUCUACUCGCAUACACGAUGUCAACUGCUCGACAUAUGCUAUGCUGAUCUUGCUUCUCUUCAAUGAUCUGCCUGCUGGGGAGAGCCUAAGUCUAGAGGAGAUCGAGGCCAGAACCAACAUUCCCAGAGGCGAUCUGGCGCGGAACCUGCAGAGCCUGGCCGUGGCGCCAAAGACGCGGUUCUUAGUCAAGGAGCCAAUGAGCCGUGACAUCAACUCCGGUGAUCGCUUUAAGUUCAACGACGAUUUCAAGCCGAGCUUCAUCAAGAUCAAGGUCGGUGUUGUGUCGGCAGGCAACAAAGUGGAAAACGACCGCGAGCGCAAAGAGACUGAGAAGAAGAAUAACGACAGCCGUGGAUUCGUGAUCGAGGCGGCUGUUGUGCGGAUCAUGAAGCAACGCAAGCAGCUUCCUCAUGCGCAACUGCUCACAGAGACCAUCACGCAGCUCUCGCACCAGUUCAAGCCGGAUGUCAAUAUGAUCAAGAAGCGCAUCGAAGGGUUGAUCGAGCGCGAGUACCUUGAGCGGAUGGAGGAUGCGCCGGUGCCUUCGUACAAGUACUUGGCGUAAGACGCUAUGCUCCUGGCUCAGAUUCUGGAAGCCGAAGGCUACGUUUCCGAAUGACAUCGAAUGAAAUGGCUAGCGUGGCGCUCUUGGCGAACUUCGAUUGCUCACUGAAGUUUAGCGAAGGUGUUGGUAAGGGGAUGCGGGUAAGCUUGAUAGCUUGACGGUACCGCUAGUUGCUGAGAUAGAAGCCCGCUGGCUCGACUAAGGUACACUGCACCGUUCUUCGGGACUCACUCGUGCACCUCAUGGAUAGAUUGUCCCACCUUACCACGCACCACGUCAACAGCACGCCGUGCUUCUGGAGCAUAACUCAUGGGAUUUCGCCCCAGCAGUAACGCCGGACUGCCUCCUGCGUCACAAACCCGAUAUUGUAGGCUGCACUUUGGUGUCAAUUGAACAGCUUGGCGGGUGCAGAAAGAAGCGAGCUUCGCGGGCUCUGCCACAGCUCAACUUCCCGUCCUAAGCAGAAGCGCCUGAAACCCGUGGCGGUUUAACACACGCC